AGUCCGGUGGCGGCCGCCUCCCCUGACACCUCCCUCCAGGCUCUCCGAUGCAGCGAGCCAGCUGGAGAGGGGGCUUCCCCACGGCCCAAAAGGGUUCUAACUUAUUCGUCUAACCCCAUGAUGGCAGUGGACAUAGCGUGCAGAUACAGCUGCAUGGCCCCUUCCCUGCGCCAAGAGAGGUUUGCCUUCAAGACCUCACCGAAGCCAAGAGAACCACUGAGGCCGUGCAUCCAGCUGAGCAGCAAGAAUGCAGCCAGCGGGAUGGUGGCCCCCACCGUCCAGGAGAAAAAGGUGAAAAAGCGGGUGUCCUUCGCAGACAACCAAGGGCUGGCCCUGACAAUGGUCAAAGUGUUCUCAGAAUUCGAUGACCCGUUAGAUAUUCCGCUGAACAUCACCGAGCUCCUAGACAACAUUGUGAGCUUGACGACAGCAGAGAGUGAGAGCUUUGUUUUGGAUUUCACGCAGCCUUCCACUGAUUACUUAGACUUUAGAAACCGGCUUCAGACCGACCACGUAUGCCUUGAAAACUGUGUCCUGAAGGACAAAGCCAUCGCAGGCACAGUGAAGGUGCAGAACCUGGCGUUUGAGAAGAUGGUGAAAAUAAGAAUGACAUUCGACACCUGGAAAAGCUUCACAGACUUUCCCUGUCGCUAUGUGAAGGACACUUACGCCGGCUCGGACAGGGACACGUUCUCCUUUGACAUUAGCUUGCCUGAGAAAAUUCAGUCAUAUGAGAGGAUGGAGUUUGCUGUGUGCUUUGAGUGCAGUGGACAGACAUACUGGGACAGCAACAAAGGCAAAAACUAUAGAAUCAUCCAAGCCGAACUAAAAUCCACUCAGGGCACCGCCGAGCCACCAAACGGGCCCGAUUUCGGAAUAUCCUUUGACCAGUUUGGGAGCCCUCGGUGCUCCUACGGUCUGUUUCCGGAGUGGCCGAGUUAUUUAGGAUACGAAAAGCUGGGACCCUACUAUUAGUGAUUGCAUGUGUCGGAGCACGGCUGAGCAGGUGCGGAGAAGCCUCGCUGUGGUCACGGGCGCGUGGAGACGGGAGCCAGGAGGAACGCUCAACUGCCAUUCAGCACAGUCUUCGAAAAGAAAGGAUCCUAUUCAGUUGUUUUCUUAAGCCAGCAAAGCCAGCCAGGUUUUAGAUCACAGGACUGGUUUCACACUCAGAGUAGAUGUGGGGUGCUGGUC